GCGUGGGUUUGUGCGUUAGUGUGUAUGGGACCCUUCCUGCAUGCAUCUGUGUGUGUGUGCGCAUGUGUGUUUCGUUCUCUCUUGGCGCAGUCAUGACAACAUGACAAAAGCUGCCCUUGCCAAGCUCGCCAUCCUAGUCGUCCUCAUCUUCAUCAUUUGUAUUCCAGAGUUCUUUUGGUGGCACCGAGGCUCGAGGGUGGACUUCCUGUGUGUGCCGUGCCGUCCUGCCGAGGAGUGUGGCUGGCUGAGGGGGAGGCACCUGGAGGAUUCUGGAAGGGAGACGGGAAGGGGAGGACAGUGUGAUCCCUGCCUGGCCCUGGGCAGCGAUCAGCCCCAGCCAGAGCCUGUGUGCACCGCAGCUGACCGGGGCAACGGGACGGAUCCAGGGUCAGACUACGGGGGCAGUAAUGAGGACCCUGGCAACGGGUGGUUCAUGUGUGAGACGGAUAUGGAAGAGGCCUAUUUUAGCGGCAGCAGCAGCAUGUCAGACUCACCGAAGGAUCUGGAGGUGUGGAUGGUGGUGCAGCUUGAAGAACCUGUACACCUGAACUUGGUCUUGCACGAUCAGCGCAACACCACCUCCUCGUACCUCCACCCUGCUGCGGAGCCGGAGGAGGAGGCGGACGACAGACAACAGGCGUUCUACUGCUGCCGCCCUCCGCCACCUGUGCCCCAGCUGGCCAAUCGCAGUCGCUGUCUCAUUCAGUUGGCUAAUGGAUCAUCUCUGUCUAAAGCGGGAAAGCAAGCGCUACCAUGGGAACUGACUGGGAAGAAAGACGAGUGGGGGAGUGUGUUUAGAGCGCUGUGGAUGGCUCUAGUGGGGCUGCUGCUGCUGCUUGUACUCACAUCACUACUGGCUAAGGUCUACCGGAAAAGGGGGAAAUCCAAGGGGGGCCCACUUUGUGGCUUGUACAAAGAAUCACGUCUGAAUGGAUCGUGUCCCUUAGUCGACACCCCCUCAGGAAUUGUCCUUAGCACCCUGGGGUUAACACGCUGGACAGUCCCCGACACCCUUCUAUCUGGACCUGUGGACGGUCAUGACCCAUCUGGAAGUUUCACUGCACAUCUCCACCACCGGGGGCACCCUUCCCUGUCCUCCAUCAGUGAGGUCGAGGGUUUGUGAAGCAUCAUGGGGCUUCUCCUGUGAACUCAAGACUGAACAGGGACCAAGUAUAAUAAACAUGGCUGCUACUUAAUUUCUCUCAAAUGCAAAUUAAACUUGAAACGACAAUGCUUAAAAGAAAAUCACUCCAAACACAGUAUUGAUUAUUUAUGCAAUAUAUUUGGGUUUACACAUUCUCAGUCUAAGGGCACUUCAUUACAGGAUUACAAUAAACAUUACACCAGAGAAAUAGUGUCCAUACUCAAGUUAAUUUGUCAUUGUAACUUCAUAUGUAAUUCCUACUUUAAUGGCAAAAGUGUAAUUUAUUGUUCAAGGCUGGGGGAGCGUUGAGAUCAUGUUUCGAUUGAGUGACUAGGCUGAAUGGAUUCCAGAACUAAUUUAGCAUUGGAAUAAUUGAUUCUCUUUUGGUUUAGCAUAGUAGCAGCACUGCAAUACAUCACUAGAGACCCAUCCUUAACACAAUGGGAAGACCCAUGUACAGCCUGAACAAAACCUUGUUAAUUAUAUAGUAUUAAUGGAAUCACACUGAGUCAAAUGACCGACACACACACACACACACACACACACACACACACACACACACACACACACACACACACACACACACACACACACACACACACACACACACACACACACACACACACACACACACACACACCAAAACAAAACAAAAAGUCAUAAACUUACUUGAUAACGUAUACUACUUAGUGUUUUGUUCAAUUCUCCUGAAACUUUUCAAUGGCAGGGCCUCUUUACAACUGUACAGCGUCUGUACAGUUGUCAAACAAAAUCACAAAUAAUAACUUUUUGAGACAAAGAGUCUUUAAAUAAAUACAAAGAAAAAUCUAAAUCUAUUCAGAACUCUACUUCUUGCACUUACUCAUCCUUAUAAUCCUUUACCCUUAUACUCUUAAACAGAUGAAAUUACUGCAAAUUAUCCUAUAUCCUUAUACUCUCAAGCAGAUUAAAUUAUUAUUACCUAUCCUUUAUAGCCUUAUACUGUCAAGUAGAUGAAAUGAUUAUUACCUAUCCUUUAUAUCCUUAUACUGUCAAGUAGAUGAAAUGAUUAUUACCUAUCCUUUAUAUCCUAUAUCCUUAGACUCUCAAGUAGUUGAAAUGACCAUUACCUAUCCUAUCAAUCCCUUCUCCUAUUCUUCAAGGAGAUAAAAUGUAAAAGGUCUGCAUGUGAUCCGGUUUGGACCGUCAAGGUAAAAGACCAUUGAAAGAAAUCCAUAUCAAUUCAGGCUUCACUUUAAAUACAUUAUAAUAAUCUACUCCUUAUUUUACACAAAAGUUACAUUUAGACAAACCAUACUGCAGUGGGAAGCAUUGUAUUGGGGUAGUGAUUUGUAUGGGUGUGCAUAGGUAUGUGUGCAGGUGUGUGUGUGUGUGUGUGUGUGUGUGUGUGUGUGUGUG